GAAUUCAACUCAUUUUCCAUCAGACUGCAUAAUUUUCUCGGGAAAAUAGCUAUUCUCUCUUCUGUCAAACCCUAAUUUGGUUGUGUUCUUGUAGAUUCACCAUCAUCCUUCCGUGUGAUACUUAGAUAGGCUAUCUAAUACCCAUUCCACCCAAAUUCAACAAAUCCUCUUCAAAUUUGUGUCAGCGACGAGAUGCACCAUCGCUUCUCUUCUCAGAACCUCGACUUCGCACCCUAGCAGAGAUGGGUCCGAUAAUAGGGAUGUGAGGGUUCAAAUUAAUCAUAUGAUAUUUUCAUUUUUUUGCUGCAGUGUUGCUUCUUGCAUUCUUAGGGCUUGUUUAUACCUCUAUCAGAUUAAACUUGUAUUUUCAUUUUCCUUCAUUUUGUUAAAAAAAAAAAUGAAGUUCUGAACUGCUUUUCGUUUUGUUCAACAGAUUCUGGUGGAGCGUAAAUCAUCUGUGAGAGUUUUGACGCUAAACAGGCCUAAGCAAUUGAAUGCCCUCUCUUUUUAUAUGGUUGGCAUAAAUGUCCCAAUCUCCGUUUCAUUGCCCUUUUCUUCGUUUAUUACCUCCAGACCUUCUUUUGUUGGUGAUUUGAAUUCUGAUGAUGAGUGUUGUGACAGAUUCUCCAGUACAUUCAUCCAGCAGUGAUGACUUCAUUGCAUUUCUUGAUGCUGCACUAGAUGCAAAUUCACCCGACGCAUCUUCAGAUAAAGAAGAUGGAAACCAAGAUGAGUUUGAGAGUGUCAGAAUUAAAAGACGUAAAUUUGAAAGCGUUGAGGAAACUGAGGGGUCUACUUCAGAAGGAACCAAGGAACGGAAUUUAGAGGCAUCCGUGGAGGUAGAUGUAUGUACACAUCCUGGCUCAUUUGGACAUAUGUGUAUACGUUGUGGGCAAAAGUUGGAUGGGGAUUCUGGUGUGACAUUUGGGUACAUACAUAAGGGACUGAGACUCCAGGAUGAGGAAAUUUCUAGAUUGCGCGAUACAGACAUGAAGAAUUUGUUAUUGCGGAAAAAGCUUAACUUGGUUCUUGACCUAGAUCACACACUGCUAAAUUCUACUCACCUUGUUCAUUUGAGCUCAGAAGAGUUGCAUUUACAUACUCAGACAGAUUCUCUAGGAGAUGUCUCCAAAGGUAGCCUCUUCAAAUUGGAGCAUAUGCACAUGAUGACCAAGUUGAGGCCCUUUGUCCGCACAUUUCUAAAAGAAGCAAAUGAGAUGUUUGAAAUGUACAUAUACACCAUGGGUGAUCGGCCCUAUGCGUUAGAGAUGGCUAAGCUUCUUGAUCCUCAAGGAGAAUACUUCAAUGCAAAGGUGAUUUCUCGAGAUGAUGGGACUCAAAAGCAUCAGAAGGGUCUUGAUGUUGUGUUGGGGCAAGAUAGUGCUGUCCUAAUUCUUGAUGAUACAGAACACGCAUGGAUGAAGCAUAAAGAUAAUCUGAUACUGAUGGAAAGAUACCAUUUUUUUGCUUCAAGUUGUCAGCAGUUUGGUUUCAAUUGCAAAUCUCUUGCUGAAUUGAAGAGCGAUGAAGAUGAAACUGAUGGAGCGCUCUCAAAAAUUCUCAAAGUGCUCAAGCAAGUCCAUUGCACAUUCUUUGAUAAACUUCAAGAUGAUCUUGUUGUUCGAGAUGUGAGGCAGGUUUUAUCAUCACUUCGAAGUGAAGUCUUAAAUGGAUGUGUGAUCGUUUUCAGCCGUAUAUUUCAUGGUGCGUUACCAGCUCUCCGGAAGAUGGCAGAGCAAAUGGGAGCCACUUGUUUGACAGAACUUGAACCCUCUGUGACACAUGUAGUUGCUACUGAUGCUGGAACUGAGAAGUCACGGUGGGCGGUGAAAGAAAACAAGUUUUUAGUUCAUCCUCGAUGGAUAGAAGCUGCAAAUUAUUUUUGGCAAAAGCAGCCUGAGGAGAACUUCUUUCUAAAAAAAAAAUAGUGACUUUUCUCUUAGUAUCAAACACCGUGCUUUGUUCAUAUUUUGUUUAGAUGUUAGUGAUCCAAGGUCUUGAAUGGUUAUUUUAUGCCUGUCUAACAAACUUCUGAUUGUGAACAGUCAUCUCACCAUUUGAGUAGUAAUUAAAACUGUGUUUAA